AUGGCACCAGCAGCAGCAACAGCCUCGCCAGUAGUAGCGAUUUCGGCACCUGGAAAAGUCCUCUUCGCGGGCGGCUUCCUCGUGCUCGACCGACAACAUACCGGUCUGGUCUUUGGCCUGGAUGCGAGGAUACACGUCCUCAUUGAGCCCGUAGGACAUCAGCGGAGACUGUCAGGAACAGGACGCGAUGAAGUUCGGGUUAUGGUGCGAAGUCCGCAAUUUGAUGGUGCAGUGUGGUCGUAUGCUAUAAGAUCCGGAGAUGGUGAAGUGAGUGUGGUGCAGGUCGUGGACGAGGUGGGCGACGGACAAGCACACACGAAGAACAAGUUCGUGGAGACGGCGCUGCGAUAUGCUUUGACCUAUCUGGCCUACGCUACCGAACAUUCGUCGGAAGAUCGGCAAAAUGGACAUGCUGGACAAGGCAGAGUAUUGGGAAAAGGUGAUAUACAGAUCACGGUCCUGGCGGACGACGACUACUACUCCUCCUCUUCUCCCUCUCAAGAGUCUGACGAUGCACCUGCGCUACAACAGCAUACGGCCCAAUCGAGACGAUUCAAGUCCUUCAACACUACCCUCCCAAACGCGCACAAGACUGGUCUCGGCAGCUCGGCCGCCCUCACUACAGCCCUAGUCGGUGCCAUCCUAGAGUUCUACCUUUCCAGUGACACUACUAUCAGCAAUGACAGCAGCACGAACCAUCCUUCUUCCCACUCGGAAACGACAAACAGUUUCUCCGCAGUCUCACCUUCUCGAAAAUCCCAAAUCCACAACCUCGCUCAAGCGGCCCACUCCGCCGCUCAAGGUAAAGUCGGCAGCGGGUUUGACGUUGCUGCUGCGGUGUUUGGCAGCUGUCUGUAUCGGAGGUUCAGUCCCGCCGUGCUGGAGCAAAUUGGCGAGGCAGAUUCUGAAGGAUUCUCAGGCCGGCUGUAUCGCUGUGUUGAAAACGUGGCGGCUGAGGAUGGAGAAGGACUGAAGUGGAAUGCCGAAGUAAAGGAGAACGGAGUGGCUAUCCCCGAGGGGCUGAGGCUCGUGUUGUGCGAUGUCGAUUGCGGGAGCGAGACGCCGAGUAUGGUGCGAAAGAUGCUUCAGUGGAGGAAGGCUCGCCCAGAUGAAAGCGAAAGGAUCUGGGGUAACCUGCUACAAAGUCAGGAGGAGCUUUGCAGGGAAUUGACACGGUUGAGCAAGUCAAUGCCCACGAACAGUCAACAAACAGACACCACUAUCGACAACCGAUACGCGAGGCUCAAGCAGAUCAUAUCCGUUAUGCGCCACCUCGUUCAGCAAAUGACAGCAUCCUCGGGCGUUCCCGUUGAGCCACCGCCCAUAACAGCUUUGUUGGACCACGUCUCCGCCAUCAGAGGAAUCAUUGGUGGUGUUGCACCUGGAGCAGGCGGAUACGAUGCUGUGGCACUCCUUGUCGAGGAUAGGCCGGAAAUCAUAAAGGAGCUGGAGGGGUCAUUGGAGGGCUGGAAGUGGACAGCAAAUGACAAUGAGGCAAAGAUCGCUGAGGAAGGGCCAGAGAUCGGCAAAGUGAGGUUGUUAGGCGUCAGGCAGGCUAGCGAGGGUGUCUGGCGAGAAGAGGUGGAGGAUGGAGGGAGAUAUGCAGGUUGGCGGUGA